GACGCCAUGCUCAGCGCCAGAGGUGAUGAUCAAUCCAAUAUGGGAGACGUGAUGCGGGAGCUUCAGCUUAAGGCACGCGACCACGGAAGGCUACCUAUGCAGUGGAAUAAAAGUCACAACGCAGGCUUCUCUGCAGAAGGCACCCAGCUGUGGAUGACCAUCAAUCGUGACUACGUCGAUUGGAAUGUCGCAAGUCAAGCUGAUGACUCAAACAGCGUACUGGCAAACUGGCGCAAGAUGCUUUCUUUGCGAAAAGAGUACAUCUACUUGCUUACAUACAGCUCCUACACUCCAUUAUGUGAAGGAGACACGGGGAAAAGGUCCUAGGAUACGAGCGACGCUGCCAGGAAACCGACCAAGGGGCAGUCGUACUACUGAACUUCUCGGAUCGAGAGCAAAAGUUACACAUCAAGUCUUUUGCACAACAAGAGUUUGAAGUCAUGAUUUCCAACCAAGAGGAGGGUGUGAUGGCUGACAGUGUGAAAUUGAUGCCAUACGGUGCUGUCAUCAAAGCUAGCAAUGUGACGUUGAUGCCUUUCGGCGCAGUCGUACUUGUGACCAGAUAAGGUAGUGGCACAAAUGAAUACAAUGAAAUUUGAUGUAACACUCU